GUUCUCGCAAAAUGUUUUGAAGAUGCUCUGAAUAGUGAAUAAGCAGUUUCAGUUUGGUACUGCUCUCUUCGAAUAUCGGAAGAGAUGAAGUCCUUCCACGUACACCAGGCGCUCUCCAUACUUGUUAUGUCAGUGUUGUUGAAAUGUAAUUGCCAUGUAGGCCGAUCCGAUGACUUGUUAAGUUGUUUUUGCCAGCUGGUGGGACAGGUGGACGACUGCGGCUGUGACAUCAACACCGUCGAUCACUUCAACAAUGCGAGGAUAUGGCCUCUGCUGCAACCGCUGUUGAACAGGGACUACUUUCGCUUCUUCAAGGUUAAUCUCAACAACGGCUGUCCCUUCUGGCCGGAUGACUCGCAGUGUUCCAUAGAAGCCUGCUCAGUGGACGCUUGCAAGGACGAGGAUGUACCGGGUGGCCUCUUGCAGAAUGGAAAUGGCCAGGGGAACCAAUAUAAGUACUCGGCAGAGGCGCAGGAGAGCAGCGAGGCGUGCGUGGGCAGCCCGGAGAGCGGACAGCCGGCGUGCACGGGCAGCCAGCCGGGCCGCGUGGUUGAGCAGGAGGGCAGGAAGAUGACCGAGAAGCCAGCGUGUGCGGAGGAGGAGGGCAAGGAGCUUGGUGCCUUGGAUCCGACGAUCAGCAAGGAAACCCUGGAAGCGAUUCAGACUUGGAAGCAGUUCGACGAUGCGCAGGACAUGUUCUGCCAGAUAGAUGACGAGACGUCAGGCGAAUACGUUGACCUGCUGCUCAACCCGGAACGCUACACGGGAUAUCGGGGCGCAUCAGCUCUCCGCAUCUGGAGGACGAUCUACGAAGAAAACUGCUUCAAACCAAAGCCGGGAUACGGCGACUACAUCACGUCACGGACUGUGGGAGAUCUGUGCCUGGAGAAGAGGGCGUUUUUCCGUGCGGUGUCCGGCCUGCAUGCCAGCAUCAACAUCCACCUGUGCGCCGAUUACCUGUUUCCAGGUUUGGGACAGCUUACCCCUCCCAAGUGGGGACCCAACCCAGAAGAGUUUAGACGCCGGUUCGACCCAGUGUUUACCGAUGGCGAGGGCCCACAAAGGCUCAAGAACCUUUACUUUGUUUACCUACUGGAACUGAGAGCUCUUGCAAAGGCUGCACCCUACUUUGAAUCGGAGGAUUUCUACAGUGGAGACUCGGUAGAAGAUGCUGAGGUUACGCAGAUAGUGUCUCAGCUGCUCAACAUUGUAAGGUCGUUUCCGAACAACUUUGACGAGAGCGUCAUGUUUCAAGGUGACGUGGAGGUCGCACGGAAGCUGAAGGAAGAGUUCCGGCUUCAUUUCCUCAACAUCUCUCGCAUCAUGGACUGUGUGGGCUGCGACAAGUGCCGACUGUGGGGCAAGCUACAGGUGGGCUGUGGGGGUCAAGCUGCAGGUGGGCUGUGGGGGUCAAGCUGCAGGCUGUCGGAGAGCAUGCAAGCCGUGGAGAGGUUUCGUAAAUUGGUUCGGUAG